CUGAUGUUCAGCAAACCAAUAUCAUAUCUCAUACAACAGUCAAUAUUAGUUUUUAUGUCUGCUGCUACUCAAACAUUAUUCCAACAUCUUAGUUGAAUUAUCAGUCACAUUGUACUUGAACUUCCUAUUCUAUCUCUUUCCAAUCUUUUGCCCGCUCCAUAAAAAUUAGCUGAUGCCAAGGUUUCUUCUUCCUUACAAAUUAGUGCUAUAUCUGGUCUUGAUUCUGAUCUGACAUUAUUUCUGAACAUUUGAGAUUGGAAAUGUCCCCAGUUGAUUUUACUUUGCAAGAACUGCACUGGUGAUGGAAGAAGAGUUGGACAGAAAUUGAAUGAGAAAAUGGUAUUUACGUAGUUUUGAACACAUUAAAUGUACAGUAACAUAAGUCAAGUCAAAAACAUGCUAGAUUGAAAGACAAGAGUAGCAGAAUUAAGAAUAAUAUACAGUAGUACCUCGAGAUACGAAAGGCUCAACUUACGAAAAACUCGAGAUACGAAAGCUAACACGAAAAAUUUUACUGCUCUACAUACGAAAAGUUUUAAAGAUACGAAAGGUUUCUGAAAGUCCGAGAUUCGCCCCAUAACAAUUUUGAAACUCGCGCCGCACGCCGCCAUCUUAGUUAUAGUAGACUCGCCACCAUCCUCCUGCUCUCCCAUUGGUUCCUGAUGCUAGCCAAGCCAUGAGAUCCUUCUCUCUAAUUGGACAGCAUCCCUCCCAUCAUGCAUCUUCUAUACGUAUGUGUUGGCGUGCCCUAGCUCGGCCACUCCACACCCGAAACUUUACCGUAUGCAAUCGGCAUUCGUUCGGUCCAACGAUUUCGUUUAGUAACGUAAAUUCGUUAGUGAUUUCGUUGCAGUACAUAUUAUCGUGUUGUGUGAAGACUGUAUUGUGUAACUUUACGUAAAUUAACGUUCAAGAUUAACGUAGUCAUGGGUCCCAAAGGUGGAGAUCAUAAAGAAGUACGAAGCUGGUAUGCGAUUGAGUGUGAUCGCAGGAAUACGGCCGUAAUCCGUCGACAAUAGGCACCAUCCUUAAACAGAAGGAUGCCAUCAAAGUAACUACACCGUCGAAGGGCAUCACUAUUUUGUCCAGCAAGAGGAGCCAUGUGCACGACGAGAUGGAACGGCUGCUCCUCAUCUGGAUAAAAGACAGAAAUCGCUGGCGAUGCAGUAACGGAGACGGCAAUCGCUCACAAGGCCAGUGCUAUUUUCGGCGAUUUGAUUGCGCAGGCGGAAGACGACGGAGGGGAAGGGACUUCAACGCCAACCCCAGAGUUCAAGGCUUCGCAUGGCUGGUUUGAGAAAUUCCGUAAACGGACUGGCAUCCAUUCGGUGGUGCGUCAUGGGGAGGCUGCCAGCUCGGACACGAAAGCGGCCGAAGCCUUUAAAAAGAUGUUCGACGAGAUGAUGACCAAGGAAGGCUACAGUUCUCAGCAAGUCUUCAACUGUGAUGAGACUGGCCUUUUUUGGAAAAAAAUGCCUCGUCGGACAUACAUCACAGAGGAAGAAAAGAAGCUACCCGGGCAUAAGCCUAUGAAAGACAGGCUUACGCUCGCACUUUGUUCGAACGCCAGUGGGGAUUGCAAGGUGAAGCCCCUACUGGUGUAUCACUCUGAGACUCCUCGAGCCUUCAAGGCCCACAAAGUGUUGAAGGAGAAGCUUCCAGUGAUGUGGAGGGCUAAUGCAAAAGCCUGGGUAACGAGGCUUUUGUUCACCGAGUGGGUAAAUCUGUGUUUCGGCCCGAUUGUGAAGAGUUUUUUGCAAGAGAAGCGCCUCCCCCUGAAAUGUCUGCUGGUGUUAGACAAUGCCCCUCCCCACCCUCCUGGCCUCGAGGAAGAUAUCCUAGCGGAGUAUUCCUUCGUUAAGAUUCUUUUUCUUCCGCCCAACACCACCCCUCUCCUCCAGCCCAUGGACCAGCACGUGAUAGCAAACUUUAAGAAGCUGUACACAAAACAUCUUUUCAAAAGAUGUUUCGACAUCACCGAUACCACAAACCUCACCUUGCGUGAAUUUUGGAAGGAGCAUUUCGACAUCGUCAUUUGCAUCCGACUCAUCGACCAAGCUUGGCAGGAGGUUUCGAGGCAAACCUUGAAUUCCUCGUGGAGGAAACUCUGGCCUGAUGCCGUAUCCGCCCGAGACUUCGAGGGAUUCGACGUGGGCAAAGCUGGUGCUGCUGAGUCCGAAACAGUUGACGAUCCCGAAACUGUUUCCCAACCAGAUCUUGACGAGAUCAUUGCACUCGGCAAGUCCAUGGGGCUGGUCUUCGACGAGGACGACAUCAACAACCUUCUCGAGGAGCACCAAGAGGAGCUUACGACGGAUGACCUGAAGGAGUUGGAGGCCAUGCAACAUAACGUCGUUCAAGAGGAGUUCUCUAGUAGCGGCGAUGAAGAGGAGGAGGAGCCUAUGACAACGGCAGAAAUUAAGGAUGUCUUAGCCGCUUUUCAUAAAGUGCAAUCGUUUAUCGAAAAAAGACACCCCGAAAAGGCUCACACAGGUCAUAUGCUUGCGCAGUUCAAUGAUGUUUGCCCGAGUCGUUUCAGGAACAUUGUGAAAAGUAGGCAGAAGCAAUCUUCCUUGGAUCGUUAUUUUUUAAAGAGGCCUUCAGCAUUAGUAGGAGUAAGCAAAAAGGAAGAACCAAGUGAUAAAAAACAAAGUUGAAAGCAAAAAGGAAGAACCAAGUGAUAAAAAACAAAGUUGAAAGCAAAAAGGAAGAACCAAGUGAUGAAAAACAGAAUGUUGAAAGUGGUGAUGAAGUUGAAAUUCUGUAAAAAAAAAGAAAAAAAAAAAGAAAGCCUACGUUAAAGUAAAAAAAUAAAAAUAAAAUUUU